GCCUUUCGCAUUUAUUGUUGUCAAUAUGCCUGUAGGGUUUCGUUCUGCAGUUUGUUGAUUUUCUUGGUCUCUUUGUGGCGAAAGUGCUCAUUUUUGCCUAGAUUCACUACUACCACGUUGUUGGUCGCAGACUUCCCACGGAGAACGACCCUGAGCCCGAAAUCUUCCGCAUGAGACUCUUUGCUCCCAAUCCUGUGACUGCCAAGUCUCGUUACUGGUAUUUCAUGCACAGACUUCACAAGAUGAAGAAGGGAACUGGAGAGAUUCUCGCUGUGAACGAGAUCUUCGAGAAGAGUGGCGAGGUGAAGAACUACGGAAUCUGGCUGCGCUACAACUCUCGCUCUGGUACUCACAACAUGUACAAGGAGUACCGCGACACCUCUCUGAUUGGUGCUGUCAAGCAGUGCUAUUCUGAGAUGGCUGGUACCCACCGUGCUCGUGACCGAUCGAUCCAGAUCAUCAAGACCGCUGUGGUGGCCGAUGAGGAUCUGAGAAGACACCAGAACAUCAUGUACACUCACAAGAACGUGAAGUACGCUCUGCCCCACCGCCAGUACCGUGCUGAGUCCAAGAAGUACCGCAGCACCUUCCUUGCUACCAGACCUUCUACCUGCCGUCGUUAAGCGUGUUGAUAAAUUGGAUUGGCACAGU